GUGAUUGACAGUGACAUGUGGACCACUCGACACGCAGUGUGAUGUUUAUUUCAAUAAUACAAAUUUAAUUUAGAAAUGGUUUUGUCUCUAGAAAUUCCAACUAAUUAUUUUAUUCUUGUUAUUUGGAAUCUAUAAUCUUAUAUAAUAGAUAGCAAUUAACUAUGUCACAUCAAGAUAUAAAUAUUUCUCUAUUGCUUGAUGGUUUAGGAUUAGAAGGAGAAGAGAACGAUUUUUGCGACUUCACCAUAGCUGAUCAAAAUUCUGUAGCUGAAUCUCAAGGUAUAACACCUACUACACCUUCCAAUUUCAAACCAAUACUCGGAAGUAAUGUCACCUAUGUUGUAGCUUGUGUCAUUUUAAAUGAACAUAAUGAGGUGCUAAUGAUGCAAGAAGCCAAGGAAAGUUGUGCAGGUAAGUGGUACCUACCAGCAGGCCGCAUGGAAAAAAAUGAGACCAUAGUACAAGCUGCCAUAAGGGAAGUGUUAGAGGAAACUGGUUUAGAAUGUGACCCUAAAACAUUGUUAGUAGUUGAGACAGCUGGUGGUACGUGGUACAGAUUUGUUCUAACAGGAGAAGUUACUGGUGGUGAAUUAAAAACUCCAGCUAAUGCAGACAAAGAGUCCCUUCAAGCAAAAUGGAUAUCAAAUCUCCAAGAAAUAUCUCUAAGGUCAAAUGACAUAUUACAUCUUAUUGAAAAAGCACAGUUAUACAAACAGAACAAAUCAAGUGGUUUAUGGCACAGUGAUAUCCUUCCUGCAUCUGUACCUCAUGUGAAAGAUCUGUUGAGAUUGAUUAUUGUAAUAAAAAAGAGGAGUACAAACAAGUUACAUGUAUUGCUUAGUGAAAAGACAUCAUUACACUAUCCCAUGUGUGAAAUAAAUCCAGCUAAAAGUGUACAUUCUACACUGCGAAGAUUUAUGGUUGAGAUGUUUGGGGCAGAUGUAGGACAACAUCGCCCCCUAGGACUUCUAAAUGUAGAAGCAAAUCCAAUAUAUGAUGGUUGUUGUCUCACUUUGCUUGUAGCAUUCCGACCACCUCUUGAGGAAGUGCCUUUAAUUGGGAAAUGUGCUUGGCAUGAAAUAUCUCAAGACAGUGAAAGAAAAUUACUAAACAUUAUUAACUCAAAAAAUUCCACUGUUGAAUUACAUGUAAUACGAUAAAAUGGAAAUGCUGUAUCUUUUUUAUUGUUAUAAAAUUUCAAAUACUCAAUAUUAUUACUUUUUGUAUUUAAUAUGCUGACUUUGAUUUAUGUAUUAAGUAAUUUUGUAUUAUUUUUAUAAACAAAUAUAUUUAUUAUUAAGUACUACACUACUGAGAAUGUCUGAUUUUUACUUUCUGUAUUAAAUGUUUAAAUCAUAUUUAUUGAAUGGAGCAUAUAAAAAUAUUGUCAGUUCAUUAAAAUGAAUAUUAUGCCAAUUUCUUGUUAUGUUUACGUAAAAAGCUUUAAUGAAAGUAAUAUAAUGAUGUUAGCACUAAAUGUAAUAUUAUUGUUUGAAUAUUGAUUCAUGAAAAUUAUUUAAGAAUAUUAAUUGCCAAUUUCACUUGUGAUGUAAAAUUUUGAGUUGCUGUUUUAUAAUUUCAUCAAUAUUGUUUAUGUGAAAGGCUGACUUGGAAUGAAUCUUUUAUACCAUAUUUUUUGUUUAUCUAUAAAGUUAUUAAAUUUAAAGUUAUAAGCAAUGUUAUUUUUUUAUAUAGCUAUGGAAAUAUGUUAUAAAUAAUGACAAUGAAUGUAUAGCUCAAAUAUUUUUCUAUUUGGUAUAGGAAUUAUAUAAAUAGGAUUAAGUAAAUAUAUAUUAUUUGGUUGAGGUUUGAAUAUACUUAAUAAAUUGUAAGUUUCAAAAAUGAAACAAUAUUGUAGAUAUAAUGAAAAUCUCACUAAUAUUAUUCAGAUAGUAUCUGUUAAUUCACAUGAUAAUCAAGAGCAAAAUGAAGUCAAAGUGUAAUUUUUAAAUAAUAUAAUAGUUUGAACAUUUUACAUAAUAUAAAUUUUGUCAGGUUUAUUAAUUGUCAUGGUCUAUUAUUAUUAUAUAUUUUACCAUGAUAUCCAUAAAUAAUAUUGCAUUCCAGUACAUAAAAUUUUAAAUGCUUUAAAUUGUAACCAAUGUAUUAGGUAUAAACAUAAAUAGUAUAUAAUUCUUUUACAUUUCAAUGGUAAGAUGGAAGAUUUAAUUUUUUUAAAUUACAUAUUAACGUAUUUGUAUAUUAUAUACUUCUAACAAAUAAUGAGUUUUUUAUUUCUUAUUAGCUACUCGCCCCGGCUGCACAUGGGUGCACAUGUAUUAUACAUGUACCUUCCUCUAGAAUCAGUCUAUCUAUUAAAAGGAACCAGUUACUAGUAGUAGUUUAA